AUGAGAACAAAAGACCGCUUCUACGAACCAGCUAGACCAGGUGCCGUGGCAGCAGCGGUGGCCUCAUCAGAAGACCCCGCGGACCGGAGAGCCAGCGCCCAAAUCAUGGGCCCUGAGACAGAGCUGGACGCCAGUUCAGGUGGGAAGCCGGCCCACCAGCAGAAGGCCGUGCCUGCAGCUCACCAGCAGAAGGCCGUGCCCGCAGCUCACCUAACUUUCGUCAUCGACUGUGCUAGUGGAAAGCAGCUCUCCCUGGCAGCACCCCUUGUGCCACUCCAAGGCCCCAGUCCUUACCUAGGACCUGUCACCCCUCCAAUGAAGACCUAUAUCUUGUUCUGUGGGGACAGCCAGCCCCAUCUGACUCAGGAGGCCAUCCUGGGUGGGGGGCACAUAGCCCAGGCCAGGGGCACCCUGCCACCCUGCAGAGAGACUGUGGCCCCAGCUUCCUCCCCACUCAGCCCACUAUGCCCCCAGGGGGGCCCUGAGGCCAAGGGGAGCCCCUUAAAGACAAUGCCUACAAGGUAUUUGGCUUGGGAAACAGUCACAGGCUUGCUCAAAGCUUUCUCCUCCUGUGUCUGUGGGCAGGAAGAUUAACUGGAACAGCCUGACCAUGGGAAAAGGGGGUUGGCCCCUCAGUAGAUGAGGGGAUAAAAAAAAACACUGUGGUACAUUUGCACCAUGGAAUGCUAUGCAGCAGUAAAAAAAGGAGGAUCUCGUGCCCUUUGAGACAGAAUGGAGGGACCUGGGGAGUAUUACGCUAAGCGAGAUAAGCCAGUCAGAGAAAGACAAGUAUCACAUGAUCUCACUCAGAUGUGGACUCUAAUGAACAAAAUAAACUGAUGAACAAAACAGAUCCAGAGACGUAGAAGCAUGGAAGGGA